AUCAGAAUUUUAGAGGAUUGCUGCCGUAAGCAAGAAGAGGGGUCUUGUGAUUCUUGUGUUGAAGUUUAUCUGAUCUGGCAGGAGGAGCUUGACUGGAAUGAAGAAUUAAUAAAGCGUUAUUUAGGAAGGGAGGCUCUAUGGCUCUACCGUCGCUUUCUCUCCUUAUUAUGGAUAAGACAUUUCACAAGCGAUGUCAACGAUGUGUCUUCCUCACAAAAAAGCCAAUCUAGCAUCCAAGUGAACGUCAGUGUGUUUUUGGAUAAGGAGUUGCUCCUCGUCAAUUCAUGCUCGGAAGGAAGUGAUGAUGAGUUUGAAGAUUUUGAAGAACAAGCAAUUUGUUCAGCAUCUUACAUGUUAUGGUUGACAAAGCAAAUCCCUGAAACCCAGAAGUUAGAACUGAGGGAGAAGAUAGAGAAUGAGCGCCUGGACGCCAUGUUGAAGUUG